CCCAUCCCUAUCGGCCCCUCUCCAGAACGGUCUCACUCUCAUUCUCCUGUGCGCCUGCGGAGAAGCAACAGUGACAUUGCGGACGUUGAUCCUACCGUCCCCCACUCUCGCCCCCGCCUGUCACCGACGUUGACCAGAGGAUACAACCCUAAUGACCCUGAGGUGCGCGAACGCCAGCGUGCCAUGGACGCUGACAUGGCCAUGCAUCUCUCCCGUGCCCGGAGCAACACCGUCACCUCACCUACUACAUCGCCUGUCGCUCCGGUUCCGCGCCCCUUGUCCCAGUCGUUAGACAGCCCCGUCAACUUCCCCGUUCUCUCUCUUCAGGAGGAGCAGGACGUGAACGAUGCACGGGGUCGUCCGCACGUUAACUCUGAUCCCGACCACGCAGAGCACUAUCAUCCGGGCCCAGCGCCAGAUGCGCACCUCAACCACCUCAGUGCGGCUCAUGACCCGUCCUUGCUUGUAUCUAUGGAGACGGCCGACAUGGAGGCUGGGCUUCCCAUGUACCAGGCAAGCGUU